UUUGUAUCAGAAGUGCAUCCUGUCUGUUUUAAGAUUUUUGAGGUGUGCGAAACUGCUACCAGUUUAAGAUCGCUCCGGUUGUUAACAUUAGAGGGACCUCAAAGAUGCCUCACACAGGUCAGACCGGCGUCAACCAACUAGGUGGUGUCUUUGUUAAUGGGCGGCCCCUCCCAGACCACGUGAGACGGAGAAUCGUGGAACUGGCUCAUAUGGGCGUCCGUCCAUGCGACAUUUCCAGACAACUUCUUGUUUCACACGGCUGUGUCAGCAAAAUACUGACUCGGUACUAUGAGACUGGGUCAAUCAAACCAGGCUCAAUCGGGGGAAAUAAGCCAAAGCAAGUUGCGACUCCUCUUGUUGUACGGAAGAUUCUACAACUAAAAAAAGACAAUCCUUCCAUUUUUGCCUGGGAGAUUCGAGACUACUUACUAUCCCAACGCAUCUGCGACGACCAAUCGAUUCCUAGCAUAAGCUCUAUAAAUAGAAUAUUACGUAACGCUGGCGCUUUUAAUAGCGAGGGCGUUCUGGCCAAUGAUAUGUCUCCAUUAUAUUACCCAUCAUUCCCGGCUGGUCCUUCACUGCAGGCGUUAUAUCAAAGACACCAUCCAGCUUCUCUUUAUCCUUUAAACAUACCAGGUCUGUCUUACCCUAGGCUAGUGCAGCCCCUUAAUAAUCUCGAGCCCGGCGAAGUCCCCACCGAGCCGUCAAUCUCAAAGUUAACGCAAGACCCUGAGCAAACUUGCGACUCAACAAGAUCACCAAAACUGCACAAACGGCGUUGCUCCGAGGAGGGUGAUAAAACCUUUGCUUCGUCCUCUGGCAAGAGGCUGAAAGAUGACAGGCUUGCCAAAGACGUUGAAGAGGGCGAUAAACAAACAAGCCAGAUAACAAAAGAUGAUGAUAAAACUAUCCCGAAGGUUCCGGACGAUACUCGGAAAGAACACCGUACGAAGACCCUGUAUUCAAUUGCUGACUUGGUUAAUACGAACAAACCAACGGAAGAUGUCAGCAGGACAGUAGCAGACGACAUGACAAAACACGCGUUCCACUUUCACAACAGUCGCCAAUAUCAGGCGUUUGAUUUUUGGAAACAACAUCACCUUUAUUUACCAAAUAUGUACUCUGGACCUGUGUCGACUGCGGCGUAUGAUCACGUGACAGUAAGACAGAUGACGUCAGCAAUAGCUUUACGAUGUCAAGGAGACGCUCGUUUUCCUCCGUGUUGAAUUGUGCGUGACUCGUGUGAAUUAAGCUUAAUUAUAUUUAAUGAACGACAUCUCUCCGUGACUCUGAAGCGACGCUCACGCUUUCUGUGUGCGCUUGGAAUCUAAAGAAAACGUAUAGUGGUUUUCUGUGUUUUUAGCCCUGAUAAUUACGGUUAAUUAGCCCAAACGAUUUCAAAAACUAACGAAGUUAAUGGAACAUGUAAUGGGUUUAUUUUUCCGA